UGCCUCGGUACUGACAUGAAGCUGGCCCUGCCCUCCAGCAUAGAAAACCACUACGAGACCUUGAAGCUGCUUUACACCGGCUGCCAGGUCGUCCACGGCAACUUGGAGAUUACUCACCUUCAUGGGAAACCGGACCUCUCCUUCCUGCAGGGGAUCGUGGAAGUACAGGGCUACGUUCUUGUGGCUCACGUCUCGGUGGACCUGGUACCCUUGGACAACCUUCGGAUUAUCCGAGGCAGCCAGCUGUAUAACUCUAGCUACGCUUUAGUGGUGCAGGAUAACACUCAGGGCGCCCAAGGUGGACUCCGGACACUUCGUCUUCGCAGCCUUACAGAGAUCCUUUUGGGCGGCGUCUAUAUUUGGGGAAACCCACAACUGUGCUUCCCGGACCCUGAGAAAAUUGUGUGGAGGGACACCUUGGAUGAGCAGAACGCCCAUGCCGGGCUGCACCGACUCCAGCCCAGGGCUUCAAACUGUCCCAAUUGUGCCCCUACGUGCCGCAAUAGCUGCUGGGGAGAAACGGCGCAGGAUUGCCAAGCCAUGACCCGAAUAGAUUGCGCGACAGGCUGUCAGCGGUGUAAAGGUCCUCAUUCUAAUGACUGCUGCCACAUGCAAUGUGCCGCCGGGUGCACGGGACCUAAAGACUCCGAUUGUCUGGCUUGCCGACACUUUAACGACAGCGGUGUGUGUAAGGACAACUGCCCGCCGCCCACCAUCUACGACCCGGUCACCUUUCAGACCAAACUCAACCCGGAUAAGAAGUUCAACUUUGGUGCUACCUGCGUCAAAACGUGUCCAUAUAACUACCUGGCCAUGGACGUAGCAUGCACGCUGGUUUGCCCCAAAGCCAACCAAGAGGUCAUCAUCUCCAAUCCCGACGGGGACGAGACGCAGAAAUGCGAGAAAUGUGAAGGCGACUGUCCGAAAGUGUGUUAUGGCCUGGGUAUGGACAACCUUGGUGUCAUGGACAACCACGGGGUCACCAUGGUAACCUCUUCCAAUGUGGAGCAGUUCAGCGCUUGUAAGAAGAUUUUUGGAAGUCUAGCCUUCCUCCACCAGAGUUUCACUGGGGAUCCUGUGAGUAACACAUCGGGCCUGACUCAGCACCAGCUGAGAGCCUUCAAGAACCUAGAGGAGAUUACAGGUUAUUUAUACAUUGACUCCUGGCCACAAGACUGGACCGACCUGUCUGCCUUCGAGAACCUGAAGGUGAUCCGCGGCAGGAUGCUCUACAAAGGCGUGUUUUCCCUGGCUGUCCAAAACCUACGCAUCCAGUCGCUGGGGUUGCGUUCGCUGCGGAGCAUCAGCGGAGGUUUGAUCCUGUUGCACAACAACUCUCAGCUGUGCUACACCGAUUCCUUGCCCUGGAACAGCUUGCUCCAUCCCACCCAAGGGCCCCAUUACAUAGUCAACCAAAACCAAGACCGCCAACGUUGUGAGGCGGAGGGGCGCGUUUGUCACCCGCUGUGCAAAGGUGGCUGUUGGGGGCCGGGGCCCGCCCAGUGCGUCUCCUGCAAGACUUUCCGGCGGGGCGCAGAGUGUGUGGAGCAGUGUCAUCUCCAUCAGGGGCCUGUCCGUGAAUACAUCGACGGAUUCUCAUGCAUCGCCUGCCACGCCGAGUGUCGGCCUAUCAAUGGCUCGGUCACCUGUCAUGGGCAGGGUGCCGACCAGUGCAGUGAGUGCCAGAACUUCCAGGAUGGAGAGUCCUGUGUGGAGCAUUGUCCAAGCGGUGUGAAGGAAGACCAGCAGACAGUGUGGAAGUACAGCAACGCUACAGGACACUGUCUGCCUUGCAACACCAAUUGCACUUUGUCGUGCACUCAGAUGGACGAAAGAGGCUGUCCAAUCCAUCCUAAAACAGGACCGGGUACGACCAUCGCGGCCGCCGUGGGCGGCGUGGUGCUCUUCUUCAUCCUUCUGGCGCUGCUGAUUUUCUACCUGAGAAGACAAAAAAAGCUGAAAAAGAAGGAGACCCUCAGGAGGAUUCUCCAGGAGCAUGAACUGGUGGAACCUCUGACACCCAGUGGAGCGUCACCCAAUCAGGCUCAGAUGCGCAUCCUCAAGGAGACGGAGUUAAAAAAGCUCCGCGUGCUCGGUGCUGGCGCUUUUGGGACGGUGUACAAGGGAGUAUGGACUCCGGACGGGGAAAACGUGAAGAUACCGGUGGCCAUUAAGGUUUUACGGGAGAACACCUCCCCGAAAGCCAAUAAAGAGAUCCUCGAUGAGGCGUACGUGAUGGCGGGUGUGGCCAGCCCCUACGUGUGUCGCCUGCUGGGGAUUUGUUUGACGUCCACGGUGCAGCUAGUCACUCAGCUCAUGCCCUAUGGCUGCCUUCUCGACUAUGUCCGGGAAAACAAGGAUCGCAUCGGCUCGCAGUUCCUACUCAACUGGUGUGUCCAGAUUGCCAAGGGAAUGAACUACCUGGAGGAAGUGCGCCUCGUCCACAGGGAUCUGGCGGCCCGCAACGUUCUGGUGAAAAACCCCAACCACGUCAAGAUCACGGACUUCGGCUUGGCGCGGUUGCUCGAUAUUGACGAGACAGAAUAUCACGCGGAUGGGGGGAAGGUGCCCAUUAAAUGGAUGGCGCUGGAGUCCAUCCUGCACCGAAAGUUCACGCAUCAGAGUGACGUUUGGAGCUACGGAGUGACGGUGUGGGAGCUUAUGACGUUCGGCGCAAAACCCUACGACAUGAUCCCGGCUAGAGACAUCCCGGAUGUUCUGGAGGGCGGCGAGCGCCUGCCGCAACCCCUCAUAUGCACUAUUGACGUCUAUAUGAUCAUGGUCAAAUGUUGGAUGAUCGACCCGGACAGCCGACCCAAAUUUAAAGAUCUAGUGAGUGAUUUUUCCGCCAUGGCCAGGGAUCCGCCUCGCUACGUGGUCAUUCAGAACGAAGAGCAGAUGAGCCUAUCCAGCCCCGUGGACAGUCAGUUCUUCCGGAUGCUCCUGGAGGAGGACGGGAACAACAUGAGGGAGCUGCUGGAUGCUGAGAAGUACCUGGUGCCUCAACCCAACCUCUAUCCAAGGUCGCCGGGAGAUGGGGCGCCCUCAAACGGGCCAUCCAGGCAUCACUCCUAUCGGAGCAGAGAUCCGAGCUUAGAUGUGGAACCCCCCACAGCUGCCCCAGCCCCUCGCAGCAUGUACUCCUCCCUCAGCACGCUGGGACGCAGUCAGUACCCCACCCUCCCGGCGGGAGCCAGCGCCUCCAACGGUACGUGGACCCCUCUUUACCCCACGCUGGCACGCAGCCCCUCCGCCGGCGGCCAGUCGGACUCGGUCUUCCUGGACGGAUCGACGGAGGACCCCUCGCUACCUCCUGCCAGCCCCGGACGCUACUGCAAGGACCCCACCUACGGAAGCCAGGGCGAGUUGGAGACGGACGGCCCCAACGGGUUCCUUCAUCCCCCUCCUCUGCAUCACACGCUGCCCAGGAGAAGUCACGUUUAUAAUCAAAACCACGUCUUGCCAGAGUACGUCAAUCAGAAUGUCCCCGAAAGCAGACCGGAGCGUCCGACCACGCUUCCCCGGAAGCUCACCAAAGUGGACCGCCGCCUCCCCAACGGCCUUAGUUCGGGCCACAGCGUGGACAACCCCAGGUACUUAGUCCCCUCUUCCCCGCCCGCCUUCGACAACCCUUACUACUUAGACCUCGUGGCCAAAGCCAAAGCCGCAUCGUCGGCGGACGGCCCGACAGAACCGGAGCGUGGCGGACAAGUCAAUGGAUUUGUCACUCCCACCGCGGAGAAUCCGGAAUACCUUGGACUGGCGGACACCUGGAGCGGAUAUACAUGA